AUGCAGCCAGAAUUGGAAAACGCCAUUGAGCUUGAAGGUGUCCAAGAUACAGACAAAUUCCUCCAUGACCAUUCUGAAAUCCCGAACAGUAACGUCGCUCUGUCCUCAGUCGAACCACACCAACUGACGCUGAAAGCCAGAGAAGCACGAAAACUCAGUUUUUGUCUUUACACUGCUUGGGUCUUAUACUCUCUAUUUCUCUACGCUGGCCCCCGCUUUACCUCCUUUCCUGCUUUUGCCACCUUCUAUUUGGAAGAGUCUUCUGUGGCCAGCUGGACUGAUGUGGGAACCACCAUCAUUGAGCAAUUUGAAAGUGUAGUUCCUGGAGUGACGAAAGACUUUACAAUCCCACAAAUCCCAGUAAGUGGACGUAAGUUUUACUUUUUCCACCACGGCAUGUGUGUUGAAACAAAAUGUUUUCCUUUCAGCAAUUCAGGCUUCAUUGCCCAGUUUCUUGCGUUCCAGGCUGGUGAGGCUAGUGAAAGCGACAACAGAACGCAAGUUGCAAAAGAAUGGGAAGAAAAGUUUGUUUUGGCCUUUGAGAAGGUCAGCAUGAAGGCGGCCUGGUUCAGCCCAGAAGAGAGAGUCAAGCAGAUUAUCAAAAGUAUCGAAAAGAGCAAGGACACCAGCUGGCUGCUGAUGGGGCUUUUUAUCUUUAUUGUAUCCUCUUUCACGUUUUUGGCGGGAUUUGCUUACCCGUUGCUGCGUGUGGGAGAGAUACAGGGGUAUCCUAGGCUCAUUCUAACGUUUGUUCAUAUUGGGGCCUUCUUUGGAUUACUUGCUGGGUUUGCGAUUGCCAAUUACCCUCAGCACUUGUUGUUGGAGCUGAACGGAAUUCUGUCUCAUAGGGGCACUCUUGUUGUGUUUGUUUUUCUACAGUGGUUUUUUUACGUUCCACAUUUUGUGGCAUUGAUGUACUUCCUUGACAAUUGGAUUUAG